AUGGAGGACGACAAUCCCUCCUUGACGGAGGAAGUUUUGACACCCGGUCAACGAGCUCUUUAUGAUCUUUGCAAGCAAGAUCUCUUCUCCUCCUGCCUUGCCUAUGAACAAGGCUGGAACAGAGUUCAAGGACAGCAGUUUCUAGUUGAUUUGAAGCGCAUGGAAAAUGUCUUACACAAGAUACUGGCGGCACCCGGGACCUCUCCCACUUUGCCCAUCAAUGUCUAUGUCAUUGGUCAAGCCCUCACCAGCCGGCUGACCAACCCUGGCAAUUUGUGUUACGGCAAUGCUGCUUUCCGAUGUUGGAGUUGGGCAGGUGCUCAUGCAGAAGAUCAGAUUCUGGCAUGGGGUCGAACCCAUGACGCGGUCAGGACUUUCCUGGCCAGCAAUGAACAGGUCUCCCUCUUGGACCUCGAGACUUUGCGGCCAAUCUGGCAGCAUUUCCAUGCUGAUCAGCAAGAAGAUGUCGGCGACUUUGUCGGUCACCUCACCAGUUUUGCGGGCAGCACCUUUUAUGGGGGCAAGUUCUUUCAU